AUGCGUCGUCCACUCCCCACCGUGCUCUUAGCCGGUGCGAACAGGCUAUACCUCCGUCGAAUCCGACGCUGGCGAACCACGCGCCUGCUUCUGCUGCUCUUCUGCCUCGUCAACGUCCUCGACGUCCUUCGAGUGCACCGCAACCUCUUGAACUAUGAGCUGUACCGGCAAGAGCUCGAGGCCGGCCCGAAGCCGUCGCGGCCAAACGAGCGCAUCUACAUUGCGAGCAUACACUUCAACAACGGCGACGUGCUUCGAACCCACUGGAACGAGGCGGUUCUGCGUCUCACGGAGACGUUUGGCGUCAAGAACGUCUUCGUGAGCAUAUUCGAGAGCGGCAGCUGGGACGACAGCAAGACGGUGCUGCAGGACCUCGCCACGGAGCUCGAGAGGAGGGCGGUCCCGCAUCGCAUCGACGUGUCCGACGUGACGCAUCGUGACGAGAUUGCCAAGCCGGACGAGGAAAAGACGGACGGUUGGGUAGUCACGCCGAGGGGCAAGAAGGAGCUGAGACGGAUUCCCUACCUCGCGAAGCUGAGGAAUCGAACCAUCAAGGACUUGCUGGAUCUGCACAAGCAGGGCAUCAACUUUGACAAGGUCCUCUUUCUCAACGACGUCAUAUUUACGACGGAGGAUGUGCUGGCGCUCAUGGACACCAACGGAGGCGACUACGCCGCCGCGUGCUCGCUCGACUUUUCCAAGCCACCGCUCUACUACGACACCUUUGCGCUGCGCGACACGGAGGGUUCGGGCCACGCGAUGCAGACUUGGCCGUACUUUCGGGGCCGGGAAUCGAGGAACGCACUCCUCAACAACGCCGACGCCGUGCCCGUCACGAGCUGCUGGAACGGCAUAGUGGUCAUGCCUGCCGAACCCUUCGUCUCGUCGACGAGCCUGCGCUUCCGUGGCGUUCCCGACUCGCUCGCCCUGCACCACCUCGAGGCGUCCGAGUGCUGCCUCAUCCACGCCGACAACCCGCUCUCGAAGACGCUCGGCGUCUACCUCAACCCCCGCGUGCGCGUCGGAUACAACUUGGCCGCGUACGAGGCCACGCACCCGGGAGAUGGCGACGCUUGGGUUUCCAUGUGGCAAAUCUGGCGCGGCCUGUGGGUGAACAGGAUAAAGCGCUGGACCGUCUUCACCUUGGAGGGCUUCGUCGUCCGCAGCAGGGUCGGCCGCUGGGAAGCGGAGGCGUCCGGGAACAAGGAGGCGGGCGAGUUUUGCUUGAUCAACGAGAUGCAGAUCCUGGCGGACAACGGAUGGGCACAUGUAUAG